CUAGUUCUAGAACCCUCAGACUGGAAUCCUGGUGUCCGGUCACUAAGUGACAAGGUGGCUAUCAGCACACUCACGCUCCUGGCCACAGCGAAGGAAAUCAUGCAGGAUCCAAAUGAAGACACCAAUUGGAAUGAUGUUUUAAGAGACUUUGGGAUUAUUCCUCCGAAGAAAGAAGAGAAAGAUGAAACUGAAGAAAUGGUUUUAGAAAUGCAGAAGGUAGCAGCUGUAAAACCAUAUGAAAGAAUGACUCUCCCUGGUUUAAAGAAUGCAGAGGACACAUUGCACGAAGAUGAUGAAAGAGCAAUAGAAAUGUACAGGCAACAGCGCAUUAAAGAGCUGAAAGCGCUUCAAAAUACACAAAUGUAUGGGGAACUCAUUGAAAUUUCUGGUAACCAAUACGUAAAAGAAGUCACGAAUGCCAAAGAAGACGUUUGGGUUGUGAUUCAUCUUUAUAGAUCAUGCAUACCAAUGUGCGCUCUGCUUAACAAUUACCUAGCUAUACUGGCUAAGAAGUUUCCAGAAACCAAAUUCUUGAAAGCCGUUGUUGAUAGCUGCAUUUACAAGUACCAGGAUACUUGCUUACCAAUCUUAUCCGCCUACAGAAAUGGACAGAUAAAAGGAAUGUUUUUAGGAAUUGAUCAAUGUGGAGGGCCAAAUGCAACCCCAGAAGAACUUGAGUGGAUGCUGACUGAAGUAGGAGCUGUCAAAUCUGACCUGGAAGAAGAUCCUAGAAAGAAGUUUGUUGAUCUGAUGAUGUCUUCUGUGAAACGCAGUUCUAUCCAUAGGACAAAAGAUGACUGAUUCUAGAAUAAAGCAAACAUAGAAUAAG